AUGACCAGUUCAGAAUCCUUGCUAUUCACAUCUCCAGGCCCCAGCCAAAGUUCUGGAGAUGGUGGUUGCAAGUUUAAUGAGGAGUUCAAGUUCAUCUUGUUGCCUGUGAGCUACGCGGUUGUCUUUGUGCUGGGCCUAGCCCUCAAUGCUCCCACCCUCUGGCUGUUCCUCUUCCGCCUUCGACCCUGGGAUGCAACAGCCACUUACAUGUUCCAUUUGGCAUUGUCAGACACCUUGUAUGUGCUGUCACUGCCCACCCUCGUCUACUACUAUGCUGCCAGAAACCACUGGCCCUUUGGCACUGGCUUCUGCAAGUUUGUCCGUUUUCUCUUCUAUUGGAACCUCUACUGCAGUGUCCUUUUCCUCACCUGCAUCAGUGUGCACCGCUACAUGGGCAUCUGCCACCCACUGCGGGCGCUACGCUGGGGCCGCCCUCGAUUUGCAAGCCUUCUCUGUCUAGCUGUUUGGUUGGUGGUAGCUGGCUGCCUUGUGCCCAAUUUGUUCUUUGUGACAACUAGCCCCAAUGGAACCACCAUUCUGUGCCAUGACACCACUCGGCCUGAGGAGUUUGACCACUACGUGCACUUCAGUUCAGCAGUUAUGGUGCUGCUCUUCGGCUUGCCCUUCUUGGUCACCCUGGUCUGUUAUGGACUCAUGGCCCGACGAUUGUAUCGACCUUUGCCAGGAGCUGGACAGUCAUCGUCUCGGCUCCGUUCCCUCCGCACCAUUGUUGUCGUGCUGACUGUCUUCGCUGUCUGUUUUGUGCCUUUCCAUAUCACUCGCACGAUUUAUUACCUGGCAAGGCUGUUGAAAGCUGACUGCCGGGUGCUGAACAUUGUCAACGUGGUCUACAAAGUGACCCGGCCCCUGGCCAGUGCUAAUAGCUGUCUGGAUCCAGUGCUCUAUCUGUUCACUGGGGACAAGUAUCGAAGCCAGCUCCAGCGGCUAUGCAGAGGUAGCGGGCCCCAGCCCCGAACGAUUGCCUCCUCCCUGGCCUUGGUGACCCUACAUGAGGAAAGCAGCAUCAGGUGGGCAGACACCCACCAGGACAUCAUCUUCCCUACCUAUGGGGGAGACAGAUUAUAA